UAUCCAAAAGGAAACGGCUAAGCAAUCCUCAUCUUUCCCACAAACGAGUCGGCCAAGCGAACAAAGAGGGAAGCUAAGCAAGCAAGAACUGAAGCAGCCAAAUUGAGAUAAGAGGCGGAGGAGGAAGGAGCCGCUCUGGACAAGAUGAUGUCGUUGCCGGCCUCCACCCACCUGCUCCCCUCGGCCGCCGCGGUAUCCCUCCUCCCUCGCCGCGUCUCCCUUCAGCUCUCCUACGCCACUGGGUGGAGGGCAGGAAGCCGCCGCCCGGCGGUGGUGCGCGCGGCCACGGCGGAGGCGGCGGCGCCCGCCUACACGUCCGACUCCCUCAUCCUCUACUUCAAGGCGGAGGGCACCAUGGAAGAGAGGGCUAUUCCCAAGAUCACCGAAUCACUCGAGGGUAUGGAGGGGGUCAAGGACUUGGAGGUGCUCAUCGAAGAAGGCAUUGCAAGUGUUGUGUUAACAAAGGAGACAACUGUACAAGCUACGGGUGUGGCAUCGAACCUGGUGGAAGCCAUCCAGGGAGCUGGGUUCAAGCUGCAAACACUAAGCCUCAGCUUCAACGAUUUCGAUGAGGCAACAGCAGGAGUAGGAGGUGGUGUCCAAUCCAGCGAGUGAGCUAAUUUGUGUUGCCCUUUGCUGAGCCAAAUGCAUAUAACUCGCUCUCAUCCUUGGUGGUUCCUUCUGAUUUUGUUUAGUUUCUGUACCCUCUUGCCCCUUGCCUUGUAAUUUUUGAGCACGGCCUCAUAAUUUCUAGCAAAUUGUCAAGAAAGCUAUGAUUCUUUUUUGUACUGUUGUUUUAUCUUGAAUCACAGCUGUUGUAUAAGUUAAUCUAUGGAACGUUAAUAUUUCAGGUUGAACUAGAUUAGCUAACCUGGUCUGUCUGCCUGCUUGUUUAA